CUGACUCUCCUCCCUGUCGCCGCUGCCGCUGCUGGGAGCGGGGCGCACAGCGCGGCGCUCGGCUGUUCGUGUGCUGUCGGCGCCGCUCGGUCCACUGCUCCGCGGCUCCGGCGCGUCAGCUGCGAUGAGGCCGUGCAACGCGUCGCACCGCUCGGACUCCUUCUCUCCGUCCCCGCAGAAGAUGGUGUCCCGUGGCUAGUUCCAACUUCGGACUCCCUGUGUGUGUGUGUGUGUGGUUUUUUGUGUGGGUUUUUUUUCUGAUUAUUCUCGGCGAAGCGCACUGAAAUCAGCCGGCCCCGUGUCACCGUGCGUUAACACAGAUGUCGGCAGACAGACGAUGACGAGGCCCCGCACGCCCCCUCCACCCAUCCAUUCUGAUUCUGGAGUCCCGGAGGUGCCAGACGCGGCCCGCUGCUCAACCCUCUAUCGUCCUGAGCACUGAGCUGUCCGAGUCAGCUCUAUUUUUUUUUACAGGGAACAAAGGCUGCUGCUGUAAUCAGUGAACAGGGGUCCCGAGAUGACGGAAGUCGAGCCGGUGUUGGACUUUGCCACCUCUGGACGCUCGGGGAGGCGAAACGCCCUGCCUGACAUCCUGGGCUCGCCGGCAGGUGUGAACCCCGGAGACCUGCCUCUUAAACUGGCUGAGCUGUCCGUCGAAGAUGGUCCGGGAGGGGCCCAGUCACCCACGGCGGAGGAGCCUCCGGCGCCGCCGGAGAGCUCGGAGGGGAAGGAGGGAUCGUAGGGGACUAGUUCAUUCACCUCCCUGGAGACCUGCAGAGAUAACCUGAGUGAACGGGAUGAGGAGCGAGACGGAGGGGAGCGACCUGCGGGGCUGGGGAAGCUUGACGAUCUGUGGAGAAUCAGCCUGUUUUGCGGAGCAGCUGAGCCACGGAGGCAGAGCGACGGACUGACGCCCCGACGACUGAGGCCAGGAGGGUUGGACUCUUUGGGACUCGUCAGACGUCACCUAGUUAUGAACCACUGAGUGUGUGUGUGUGUGUGUGUGUGCGCGUGCAAGUUAUAAACUCACUGUGGACGCGACACUGAGAAUCAAAAGGACUGGGACAAAUUGUAUACUGUUCACUACUAUUUUUGUAUGAUUUAUUUAAUACUAGAUAAAAACAGGAAUUCACAAGUCCAACUGUAAGAUGAACCACUUUCCUUUCCUGCGGAUUUUUUCGUUCAUUGAUGUGUGACAUUUGACAUUGACAUUAGCAGGAGGGGGUUCUGACAGCAGCCUGCUCGGCCUCAAAGCUUUCCCGGAUGGAAAAUUGUACAUUUGUCAUAUGGAAAGAGUCGACUACACUAAAUGUGUAUUGUCCAAGAAAAAGUUUCAAAUCUGAGGUCGUCGUACAGUUUAUCUACUUUGUAAAUGUACAGUUUCAAGCCCUUCCUGUCCAGACUGUUUUGAUCCCAUAGCAACUAUGACCUGGGAUUUGAUCCUUUUUUUGUGAGGUGUCCAUAUGCUGCAGGGUGAUAACAUGAAAACCGUCGUGCGUAUCUUGAGACAUUCCUGUAGAGAAUAGUGUCCCACUGCCAACAAGGUACCCACCGCUUUAUAAUAGUUUCAGAAAACAAAAGUCCGUGGUUUUGUUUUUGCUGAAAGCUGCUUUUUAAGUCUCUUGAUUUUCCAAACCUCUGAAAAUGUGUCUAGUGGCAGUUUAUAGCCCCAAAAAAACGUGUUCUCUCUCUGUGACGUACCAUUAUCCACUCUUCUGGGCCGCUGAUGUUUUCCUCAGUUUUAACAGGAGGUAUCAUAAAGCGUCCUGACUGCUACCGGCGACAGAAAGAGAAGAAACAAACACUCUUUUGUAACACUCUGCAGACCAGCUCAGUUUUUGCGGUACACUUCAGCAGAGCUGUUUUUUUUGGGGCUGCGUGAGGCUCCGCGCGCGCACGCGCCUCGUAUGGUGUCGACAGCAUAUGCCCGUGGGCCUGGGCACGGCAGCAGGCAUCGAGCAGCAACACCACCACAUUGUGCUUCGAGCGCUGGAAAGUGCGGCAGCAACACGCGCCCUCUGCCUCGCCGGAGUGCGUUCGCACUCAUCGACGCGCGAGCGGCGCUGUGAACAAGGCCGCGAGACGGCGAGCGCGACAGAACACAGCGAGGGGGGCCACAGUCUGGCAGCUGAAGACGCACGGCUGCUGUGUAUAUAUGCUGUGUUGUAGUGUAAUCCCAGCGUCACAUACUGUACCCGCAAAAAGAAAAUGAUGUUCUGUAACUGUUUGUGUUUUGAAGAUUUCCCGCCGACGGCUGUGUCUUUGUGCGGAUGUGAUCCACGGUGUUCUGAUGAGAAGAGUGGCCGUGGUCCGUCUGACGCCGUGCGAUCGACACCUCCUUGAUGAUGAAUCAGAGGUGUGUGUGUGUGUGUGUGUGUGUGUGUGUGUGUUUUUGCCGUGUCCUGAUCUCUUCAGUGGUGCGUGAUGUUUUACUUAGCUGGAUGGAGUCCCUUGUGUUGAUUCCAUCUGCUGGUGAAAUGGCCAUAUUAAACCCCAAAAGCUUUACGUAUA